AUGCCUACCAUCUCCGUCGAUAAGUACAAGCUUUACGAAGCUCUUGGUCAAAAAUUCACGACCGAGGAGUUUGAGGAUCUUUGCUUCGAAUUCGGCAUUGAGCUAGACGAGGAUACUGAGAACGAUGAUCGUCCUAUUGUGAACGGGGAGCAAGAGCCUCCCCAGCUCAAGAUUGAGAUCCCCGCCAACCGAUAUGACAUGCUUUGCUUUGAGGGUAUCGUCUCCAACCUCAACGUCUUCCGUGGCAAGACUGCGCCUCCAAAAUACCGCCUCGUCGAGCCCUCUAGUGGAAAGUUAGAGUCGAUUACCGUCAAGCCUGAAGCUGAGCAAGUCCGACCAUAUGUCUCCGGCGCUAUCCUCCGCAAUAUCAAGUUCGACAAGAGCCGAUAUGAGUCUUUCAUCUCUCUACAAGAUAAGCUUCACCAGAACCUUGCCCGAAACCGAACACUAGUUUCCAUCGGUACCCAUGAUUACGACACCAUCAAAGGCCCUUUCACCUACGAGGCUCUGCCUCCCAAGGACAUCAAGUUCACCCCACUCAACCAGACCAAGGAAAUGGACUCCGCUGAGUUGAUGAACUUCUACGAGAACGACAAGCACUUGGGACGUUUCCUCCACAUCAUCCGCGACUCUCCAGUUUACCCUGCUAUCUACGACUCCAACCGUGUUGUGUGCUCUCUUCCUCCAAUUAUCAACGGCGACCACUCCAAGAUCACAUUGGAUACCACCAAUGUCUUCAUUGAGAUUACCGCUACCGACCUGACUAAGCUCGACAUAGUCACCGACAUCAUGGUCACUAUGUUUUCCAUGUACUGCUCGGAACCCUUUACUGUUGAGCCUGUCCAAAUCAACUCCGACCACAACAACCAAACCCGCAUCACCCCUAACCUCAAGCCUAGAGUCGCUGAGGUCGAGAUUGAUUACCUCAACAGCUGCACUGGUCUCAAUCAAUCCCCUGAGAAUCUGUGCAAGCUCCUCUCUAAGAUGUCUUACAUCUCUGCUCCCUCUUCGACAGACUCCAAUAUUCUCGAGGUUGCUAUUCCCCCAACCCGAGCUGAUGUGCUCCAUCAAUGUGAUGUGAUGGAGGAUCUCGCCGUGUGCUAUGGCUACAACAAUCUCCCCCGCACUGCUCCUUCACGUAGUGCUACUGUGGGUGCGCCUCUACCUGUCAACAAGCUCAGUGAUAUUAUACGGAUUGAGGCUGCUGUUGCCGGCUGGAGUGAGGUCAUGCCUUUGAUUCUUUGUAGUCAUGACGAGAACUUCGCUUGGCUCAAUCGCAAGGAUGAUGGGAACACUGUCGUGCGUCUCGCCAACCCCAAGACCGCAGAGUACCAAGUUGUGCGAUCAAGUCUUCUCCCCGGUCUUCUCAAGACCAUUCGUGAGAACAAGGGCCACAGUGUUCCCAUGAAAAUCUUCGAGGUCUCGGAUGUUGUCUUCAAGGAUGAGACACAAGAACGCAAGGCCCGCAAUGAGCGACAUUUCGCCGCCGCCUGGUACGGCCGGACCAGCGGGUUUGAGGUCGUCCACGGUCUCCUUGAUCGUGUCCUGCUCAUGCUCCGUACUUCUUUCCUUACUCACGACGAGGGCCUGUCUGGUAAGAGUAUUGAUUUCGAGAUCAAGGAGAAUCCUAGCAAGCCCGAUGGCUAUUGGAUCGAGGAACUCGAUGACGCUACUUUCUUCGCUGGUCACGCUGCCUCAGUGUAUCUUCGUCUUGGUGGGAAGGAGAGGCGCGUGGGCGAGUUCGGCAUUCUGCAUCCCACUGUGUUGGAAAAGUUUGAUUUGAAAUACCCCGUUAGCACUCUCGAGAUUAACCUCGAGGUGUUCCUGUGA